AUGAGUGCUGGGAGUACAGAACGCCGGCAGCGGAUCCGCGCUCAACUGCGGGAGUUCUACGGAGAUCCCGCCGGCGGUCGAGUGCCGUCCAAUCCACACAACAGUCAAACCUCAAGUAAUAACACCAGCGCUACUCGUGUGGCUGUUGGUGCUGCUGCCACUGCGGCGGCCCCGUCUGGUAUUCCGCCCGAGAUGGAUCUCGACUCGGAGUUCUUUAACGUCAAUCGCUACAUCACGGAUCUCCUCCGGCGUGAGAGUCUGAAGGGACUUGUGGAGACCGACACGCAACUCCUACGCUCCGUUCGUCAUUUAGAUGGAGAAUUGCAGGAGUUGGUGUAUCGCAAUUAUGCUAAAUUUAUUUCCGCCACAGAUACUAUACGUGAGAUGCGGGAUAAUAUUACAGAAAUGGAUGCCAAACUGCAGGCACUUUCAAGUAAUGUGGAGAAUAUUGAUCAAGUAUCAAAGAAUAUUAGUGAUAAGUUACAAGCUCAUCGUAGUCGUAUAGAAGAUAUGAUAUCUACUAACCGAAUGCUAAGGAAAGUACAAUUCCUUGUGGAUCUUGCCGAUACUAUGCGAAGACUUAUGGAUAAAAAAGAGUAUACGACCUGUGUAAAGUAUUGGGUUAUUGGUGAAACUUUUCUUGAAAAAUAUGAACAUGUACCCAGUAUAGCAAAGAUUCAUUCCGAGUGUAAACUAAUUGCUCAACAAUUGUAUAAUAAUUUACAUGAUAUGGUGUUUACAGCUUCAUUAGAUGAUCCUGAGGCAAUGGAUGUUAUUCGUGGAGUUGUAGAGAAUAUGCGUCUUAUGCGAGCCACAUCCCUUUUUCCUAAAGAAGAAAUCAUUAAAAAGAAUAUAAAAGGAGGAGUUGAUGCUAGUAGUAGUAGUAGUGGAGGAGAUGAAGGGAAAAAUAAACUUUCACCUUUUGAAAUAGAUAUUCUAAAUACACUUAUGAAGAAUAUAGGUACAAGUUUUGCUACAGGUGUUCAAGGAGUCAAUAGUGCUAUUAGGGCAGCUUUUGCAAUUCCAAAUUUUACUUCAAUGGAUAUUACAGAAAGAGCUAAAGUAUUACAUGAUGCUAAUUUACGGGAAGCAUUAGCAGAAUUAAAGAGUAUAUGUGCUUUAUUCUAUUCUAACAGUGAACGUGUAUAUAGUUUAUUUAAUAAUGAAAGUGAUACAGUGGCAUCCUUGCGUGUAAUUGAAGAAGUUCAACCUGUCCUUAUUGAUAUUAUUACACUUAUUACUAAUCAUUUAAGUGAACUUCUUAUUGCUGUGAUAGAAUCCGUUGCUGAAGAUGGUGAAAGUUCUAUGCAAAUACCAUCAUGUAUUAAAAAUGGUUAUGAAGUUAUCUUUUCAGCUCUCGCAAAACAUCUAAAGUAUUAUUCUGGUACAUUAAAGACACUUGGUGUGAAUUAUCUUGAUAAUGCCCAUAGUAAUCAAAGUCGUCAGUAUGGGGUAUUGGUAGAUCAGUCUGUAUUAGAAGUAUUUCAACGUUUAUUAACGGUAUUAGAUUCCAAAAUGACAGAAGGAGUUAUGAUGAAUUCCACGAUUGUCAACUGUGAUGUUGAAAAGAAUGAAAAUUACAAGCAAUUACUUUACUUUGCCCUUACACGGUUUGCUUUCAGUAGUGCCGCUACUAGUAUAGAUACCAUCGGUAUCACGAAUCUUAUUAACACAGAUACCCUUAAAACUGUAGAUGUGGUUGGGAUUCAAAAACACUCUGCACAUAUAGCCCGAUCACUUGCCCAUCGUGGUGUAGUGUUGUUGGGUCAAUUACAAUUGGAAUGGAUUGCCGCAUCUUCUUGUCCGGCAAAUGCGGUGGAUCCCACAUCUACGGCUGCAGAAAACUAUGGAGUAGCACCUGUUCUCUGUAGUCUUAUACAGCAAUUAGGGAAAAUCUACACAGUCCUACACGAUGGGGUUCUUCUAGAUACAAGUACGGCAAAGGAAAGACCUGUGAACAGUAUGCGGGGUGGAUCUCUGUUGUUAACCUCUACGGGUGGGAGUGGACGCAGUAGUGGAAGAGUAAGUUCAAGUAAAUUAACGGUAAACUUCACUCGACAGAAUGAUCACACUUUACAGAGUAGUGUAGAUCGAAUAUUUUUAAAACAAUCUCAACAUAGUGCUACAUUACGAACUUCUCCACGUUUAUUACGAGCCACUUCUGUGAUGUCUGCGGUGGUGGUUUAUAUUCUUAAAGGUUUAGUAGAGUAUGUGCGGCAACAGACCUUUACACGUCAGGGAUUUCAAACUGUACAGAUUAGUUGUACGUUUUUUCUCCACGUUCUCACACCAGCCUCAACAGCGGCAUCAUCAUCAUCCUUAUCAUCUACGAGUGCUAUUAACAAAAGAGAUUAUUCCCCAUCAUCAUUCUUAGGAGAGGAUUGGAUGAGUGAAUGUGCAGAGGAGAAUAUAUCCAAAACGGUAUCGUAUCUUCUUAAUGAGUGUUGUACCUGCGCGUAUGAACGAUGCAAAGAAAAAUCUCCGCUAACGUCUGUAGUAAUUGAUAGACUUGUCAAGUCUGCUCUAGACAAGAUGAAGGAGAAGUCUACCGCUGCAUAA